AUUCCCCUGAGAAACGCAACGCGCAAGAGAAAGAGACUCUCAAAAUUAAUCGAAAGGAUUGGGGGUAAUACCUCCAUGACUCCCCGCUACAAGCUUACACUAUUGUGCAAUCAUGAACAACGGCGAUGUUGUGAACGAUAUUAAGGCGAUGCUUGACGGAGCAGAGCCACCCGUAACCAACGAGUGCUGCAUCUACAGAGUACCCUUUAACAUUCACAAACUCAACCAAGAUGCAUACACCCCAAAGGUUGUUUCCAUAGGCCCUUUUCACCACAACCACCACCCUCGCUUCCAAAACAUGGAAAGACACAAACUUUUAUAUUGCAAGGCGUUUCUCCAACGAACCCAAACAACCUUGGACACCUGGAUCCGUUACAUAGAAGAGGUGGAGCCCAAUUUUCGUCGUUGUUAUUCCGACACUCUCGAGUUCACCAGGGAGGAACUCGUGAAGUUGAUCUUUGUGGACUCUGGUUUUAUACUCGAACUCUUUUGGAGAUUCUAUUACGAGGAUUGGUCAGAGGAUGACAAGUUGCUUCUAAAACCUUGGUUGUCCACUAGCAUAAGAUUAGAUUUGUUGUUACUUGAGAACCAGCUUCCUUUUUUUGUUCUCGACAACCUCUUCUACAUGUCCGUCAGAUAUAAUAGAUCUAGCAAUGGUACGAAUAAUAUUCCUUCAUUGCUUGAGCUUACGUUUGAGUAUUUUGGUUACUACAAUAAAUCCAACUUGGAUAUUCAUAAUAUUAGCAUAAGACACUUCACGGAUCUUAUUAGAACUUUUCACUUGCAACAUCCUCCUCAAAGAAGACCGAGUAGGACUAAUGAACAACUGAUACAUCUUCUUAGCGUUACUGAGUUGCUUGAAGCAGGAGUCAGAUUUAAGGUAAACACUGAAAGUGGGUGCUUACUAGACUUGAGAUUUUCAGGGAGGGAUCUUGAAAUUCCGCAAUUGAAAGUGGAGGAUUGGACUGAAAUUUUGUUUCGCAACAUGGUGGCUUUGGAGCAGUGCCACUACACUGAUGAAGCCUACAUUACUGACUACGUUGCUGUUUGGGAUUUCCUUGUAAACACUAGUAGGGAUGUUGAUAUACUGGUUCGGAACAGAGUUCUGGUUAAUUGGUUAGGGGGUACUGAUUCUGUGGCUAACCUGUUUAAUGGUCUUUGGAAGAAUAUUACGCAUUCAAAUUUUAGUUCUGAUUACUUUCAUCUCUGUGAAGACUUGAAUGGUUUUUGUAGAGAUCCUUGGCGUAAAUUGAAGGCAACUCUGAGGCGUGAUUAUUGUAACAGUCCAUGGCAAACUGCUGCUUCCAUUGCAGGAAUUGUACUCCUUGUCCUCUCUUUGGUUCAGUCUGUUUGUUCUGUCUUGCAAGUGAUACAGCAGUAGAAUGGCUCUCGAUCCCCCAAAGACUUAGUAUUUUCAGUUAUAGUUGAGUCAUGAAUUAUUCUGAUUUUUUUUUUCAAUUUCUAUUGUGCUCCUUUUCUCUGAGCAUGUUUCCAUGGUUUUGUCGUUCUGUUGUAUUAGAUUAUUUAAGUUAAAAUAGAAAUUUUAUCAGUACAGGUGAUAUCAUUUGUAAAUUAGUUCUUGUACAGUUGUACCAAUAAAAACUU